AAAAAAUCAUAAAACUCUUGUUCUUCGGUUUAAUAAUUUUUUGCAUCGUUGAAUUAAUAGGAAAUAUUUUUUUGUUUUGUAGAAAGUGAAAAAAUUGGGAAAAAAUGUUUUCCGGUGGAGAUUCGAGUGAGGGUAUCAACAGUUUAAAUCAGUUGGGUGCCUAUGGAUUCGUUAAUCAAGUUGCUGUCACAAAUGCAAUGGCUGCUGGCCAGAAUAUUGAUUGGGCCCAGUUGGCUCAGCAGUGGAUACAAAUGCGUGAUAAUUCAGCUAUAGAAACAAAAAUGGAUUAUAAUACAGCGAGAGCUGACAAUGUCAGUGGUCCUAGUUGCAAUAACUUAAAGUUUGAAGAAAAAGGCGAAGCAGAUAUGGACAUGGAUGACGAAGAACAAACGGAUGAGAAAACAACACUGCGACCAAACAACGAGAUUACUGCUACCUCAGCGGUUAAUAACUUAAAUCAACCAUGGUUCUUUGGUGAAGGAACUUCACAAAUAGUGCCUCGAUCAGCAAAUAGCAGUCAAUGGAAUGCAUGGCCAAAUCGAGAAAUGACAGAAUCAAAUAAAAAUGUAAAUCGGCCUCCAAAUCCUACAGCUCACAUUCCAUCCUUAUUAAAAAUGACUGUACCGCAUCCCAAUGAAAUAAGAGUAAUGUCCGAUACUUUUAAUCAGGCGGAAAAUAACACUAAUAUGAUGGAUGCUGCUAAAAGGAAAGGUUUGCCAGCAUGGAUAAGGGAGGGAUUGGAAAAAAUGGAACGAGAAAAACAGAAGCAAUUAGAAAGGGAACAACAAAAAAAAGAUAAUACAAAUUCAUCUGAUGAAGAUAAUCAUCCUUCUCCUAAAGAUGUUUUGUCUAAAACCCUAAACCCUUCAAAUGGCAGUUUUGCAGUUUUGGAUGAAGAAAGUACUGACGAUGAAGACACAACUAUAAUAAAGAGCACAAAUAAUGAGGCAGAAGUGGAUUUAAAAAAAGACAACUUAGAAGACGACACAUUAAAUUCUCCAGUGGCUAAAACUUAUGAACAAAAAUUGGCAGAUUUGAUGGCAGUGGUACGCCGAACAUUAACUGAACUUUUGCUAGAAGCCACUAAUGAAGAAAUCUCCAAAGUUGCUGAAGAAACAAUUAAAACAUUUAAAACUAAAGCUAACUCUACGGGCAAGUCGUCAUCAGUACAAGUGAUCCGCAAAAGCGCUUUAUCUACCUUAACUGGCAAAUUGGGUUUAGCAGCAUAUGGUGACAGUUCAAGUGAGGAUAAUAGUGAAGAUGACGAUGAUGUGCACAAUUCUUCCAAAAAGGCAACAGGUCAAUCGGAAAGCGAAAAUGAUUCUGAGGAAGAAAUACGGAAUAUUAUACGUUCAAAACGAAGGGCUUUUAUAAAAACAUCCGAAGAAAUAGAAGAGCGUGUAGCAACAGCCGCUGCUCGGGAAGAGGAGAAGCUUAAAUAUUUUUCACGUAAGGAAGAGGAAGAGGAGAGAGAACAUAACCGCAAAAAACAAGAACGAUCAUCAUUAAGAGAGCCGUCAUCUUCUAGCCAUAGUGGAAACAAUAUUUUCAAAGGUUAUGAAAAAGAUUUUGGUGAGAUAACUGAAACAAAGAUACAAAAUCUAAACGGCAAACGUCAAAGGGAUCGCAGUAGUCGGAGAGAACGCACCACGCGUUUUAGUGAUAACAAAGAUAAAUAUGUAGCGUUGCCAAAUGCAGCGACUUUUCUCACAAAUAUGAAUACUGCAACAAAUUCAGGAACUACAGCACCUUUAUCAAAUAAUAUCCAACGUCAAAAUAUUCCCGACAUAAAUGGUUUAUUGCCAAAUUAUACCAAUACGGGAAUGACAAAUGUUUUAAAUGCGGCUGAUGCUGCAUUAGAGAAAGUAUUAAAAGGUAAAUCGUCCUCCAGUCCUGAAAAGCAAAGUCGAAGACAUGAUCGAGAUCGUAAUUAUCUUCCCUCAAAGAAGAGACAACGUACAAGCGGUGGUAAAAAUUCACGGUCUCGUUCCAAGUCUAGUUCUUCUUCAUCCACAUCCUCCUCCUCUUCUUCUACAUCAUCAGAUUCUGAUUCUUCUUCUACUUCGCGAUCAUCUCAUCAUUCGAAGCAUAAUCACCGAUCAGCUACAAAACAUAAAUCUCAUUCAUCUUCAGACAGGCACUAUGAAAAAACACACAAAGAUCAUAGGGGUGAUCGCAAAUAUUCAUCGUCAUCUUCGUCGUACAGAAAAAAGGACCGUGAAUCAAAAAGUCGUCGUUACCAUCGUAACGGUUCUAGUGAUUCAGAAGACGAAUACCGUCGACGACACAAAUAUGAUUCCCAUUACUCGCGCAAUUCUUCCCACUCGCGUAGUUAUACUUCCUCUAGACGUGAUCGCGACCGCGAACAUUCACGUUCACAGUCUAGAUCAUCUUAUUCUUCUUCCAGUACUCGCAGGCAAUAAAUUUAUUUUUCUUUUUCCUAGGUGAAACUAAAUUCAACGUAUAUACGUAUAGAUGUAUGUACAUACAUUCGUACAUACAGUGUCUCUCAUAAGUAUUCGAAUUUAGGUAUAAUAUGAAAAGAAACCAAAUUUAAUAAUAUAUUUUGUGUGCAGAAUUAAUAACUUAAUUUGUUAAAUUG